AUGGCAAAUCCUGGAGUUGACCCUCAAGUGCCUGACGAGCAGCGUCAGAAUCAGAAUGCUGCAGCUUCACCCGGUCCAGAAUCACCAACUGCCACUUCGUCCUCCAGCAGGGGAACCGAUUCUGCGGAAAAGAGCCAUGAGCAGCAACAGGGCGCGACAAAUGGCCAGACACCGUCCCAGACUGACCUUGAGAACUGCACCGGCCAUUCUAUUGAAUCUGCAAGAGCCGACAUCUGCAGGAAAUACGUGUUAAAAGUCUGCCGAGCCCUCAUUCUGUUUGGAGCUCCAACACACCGGCUGGAACAGUAUGUCCAUCACACUGGCGAAGCCCUUGGCCUGCAUAUUCAGUCGUUCUACAUGCCGGGCUGCAUGAUCAUGUCCUUCGACAACAAGGCACAGGAAUCUAUAGAUCUUCAGAUCGUUCGUUGCACGCAGGCGCUGAAUCUCGCUAAGCUGCAUGAUCUGCACACGGUGUAUAAGAAUGUCAUCCACAAGAAGACGACUGUUGAAGAUGGCAUAAUGCAGAUUGAUGAGAUCACUGACCAGCCAGAGUAUUUUCCCCUCUGGUUUCGAGUGUUGGUUUACGGGUUAGCUUCGAUGUGCAUCGGCCCUGUGUCUUAUAAUGCGCAGCCGGUUGAUCUGCCCAUCAUUUUCGUCUUGGGGAGCUUGAUAGGCCUGUCGGAACUGGUGCUGGCUCCUAGGUCAGAGCUGUAUGGCUACGUCUUUGAAACAUGCGCUGCAAUUCUGGCAUCUUUCAUCGGUCGCGCUUUCGGUUCGAUCCACUGGGGCGAAGACCAGAGUUUCUGCUUUUCGGCCAUUUCCCAAGCAUCCAUCGUGUUGAUUCUGCCUGGCUUCGCAAUAACCAGCAGUGCGCUGGAACUCCAGUCCAAGAACAUGGUAUCCGGCGCUGUGCGCAUGGUGUAUGCAAUUGUAUAUACGCUGUUUCUCUCCUUUGGCUUCACAAUCGGGAUCACCAUCUACGGCGCAAUCCACCCCAAUGCCACUUCCGAGACCCAGUGCCGAACCAACUACCCCGUCUGGUGGCCCAUCGCCUUCGUGCUACCGUUUACCUUCUGCUACGUCAUCGUCAAUAAAGGGAAUUGGAAGCAGAUGCCACCUAUGCUUGGUAUCGCCCUGGCUGGAUGGUGCGUCAACCACUUCUCGAAUGAGCGUUUCGCGGCCGUGCCUACGCUUUCACAGGCGUUAGGCGCGUUGACUGUGGGCGUUCUUGCGAACCUUUAUGCGCGAAUUGAGCAUGGAAUGGCGGUUGCUCUGAUGCACCCGGCAAUUUACCUGCAGGUGCCUGGCAGUCUGGCUGCGUCGGGGAGUCUCAUCAGUGGACUGAUAAAUGCGGACGCGCUCAAUAAGAAAGGCAGUACGGAUGCCCCCCGUGAAACGAUCUUUUCAGACCUGAAUGCCGGUUAUACGAUGGCUCAGAUUGGGAUCGCUAUUACGGUUGGGUUGUCUAUCAGCGUGCUGCUUGUAUAUCCAAUGCGGAAAAAGGCGAGGAGCGGUAUAUUCAGUUUGUAA